AUGAGAAAGACACAACUUUCACAGCAACACUUCUCUCAUUUCAUAACACGUUAUCAGCACGAGUGUGCUCUCCACCGGAGUUCUUCUUCACCGGCCAGCUCCUCCGGCGCUCAGCCUUGCUCCGCCGGCGAUUCAAGUUUUCCGGUGAGCUCUCAAGAUCUUGCUCAAGGUGGUCCAUUCAGAUUCCUGAUGUCGAAAAUCAACAACCUUGAGUUUGCUGCCCUCAAUCUCUCCGGAGAUAAUUACCUCCAAUGGGUACUUGAUACCAAAAUUCUCUUGAGGUCUAAAAAUCUUGGUGAUACUAUCACUGAAGACACUGAGCCAUCGGUUAAGAAUAAAUACCAGGCCAUUGUGAUCAUUCGCCAUCAUCUGGCUGAAGGUCUUAAAGACCAGUACCUCACUAUUGAGGAUCCUCUGGAACUUUGGACAGAGUUGAAAAAUAGAUAUGAUCAUCAGAAAACUGUGAUCCUGCCAAAGGCCCUUUAUGAUUGGAGAAACCUAAGAAUCCAAGACUAUAAGUCUGUGGAAGAGUAUAACUCGGUUAUGUUCAAGAUAGUCUCCAAGUUGAAAUUGUGUGGGGAGACUAACAAUGAGUUACUCAUGAUGAACAGUGAGCUAAGGCCACCUGGUACUAAAGCAUUGCCUGAGGCACAUGCGGCCAUAGAGCCAAAAGAUGAGACUCCAAGAGAGUCAUACCGCGGUCGCAUGAGAGGCCGUGGGAGAUGGCAAGGAAGUAACCGUGGGUUUCAACCACGAGGUCGUGGGUUUCAGCCACGAGGACGUGGAUUCCAACCACGAGAUCAUCUUGGUCACAGCCGAGGCCGAGGCUAUAGCCGAGGUCAUCAUGCUAGCCGUGGAUAUAAGUCCGACUUCAAAACCCAUGGCUCGACCAAAACUCCUUGCUAUCGUUGUGGGAUGACCAAUCAUUGGGCUAACCGAUGCAGAACUCCCCAACAUCUUGUUAAACUCUACCAGGAGAGCAUAAAGGGAAAAGACCCUGUGGCAAAUUGGGUCCAUCAUGAUGAUGAGAAUGAUCUAGACCAUGAGAAUGAUCAAGCCGAUUAUGAGACUUCGGAUCUCCUUAAAAGUGGCUGA